UGGGGCAUCUUAAUUGCCUCUAUUCCUAUGGACUCUAAUGAAUCUAAACAUAUAUACAAUAUAGAUCAAUAAAUGAAUUUAGAUAUAGCUAAAAAAUCUUAAUACGAAACUUAGGUAGUAGUGAUUAUUACUGUGUGGUUUGAUAAGACAAUGGUUAUAAUGAAAUAGAAAGUUUCAAGCGUAUGAGUUGUUAGUUAUGUUGUUUGGAUGGUGGGUGUGAGAGUUUUGGGAGGGGGUUGACAGGAGAAAUUUAGAAGCAAAUUUCCACAUCUUCAAAACCUAGAGAGGGGUGAUAGUUUGAAAGGAAAUUAUCCUUUAAGUACAAGAGAAUAAAUCUGAGCCAUAUACCAUAAUUUAAAAUACAACUCGUCUUAAAACUCCCUCUUAUUCACAUACAUGUAUACUUCUAUCAAGAAACUAGAAGUAGAAAUGAAAAUCCAAUAUAUAAUCAAUCCUUCAAUUAACUCUUUCCUCUAAACGCCGGUCAGUCCCUUAGAGCAGGUGCAAUCACAUGCUAUAAACAUAUUUUAAAGAGAUAAAAAGGAGAGAGAAUAGAGUGGGUUAUUAAUUUAUAGUCAGGCUAUACAUGGGCUCCAAAAUAAAAUGUGUCUACGACAUGUGGGAUCAUGUAUUCAUGUUUUGUAGGUAACUAUUGUAUGAAUUCACUAUUAGAUUGACUAUAAAUAAAUUAGAGCUAGUAGUUAACUAUACUAUUAAACUUGCUCUUACUAGAAGCUGCAAACAAGCUGUAAACAUAAUGACUUGGGGUGGAUGAGUUGGGUUCCUGCUGGCUAUCGAUCCUUCCAUGUGAACUGCGAGUGCUGCCUUAUCUAAUUGAGAUGAUUUCAUUAUUACUACUGUUUUGAAGUGUAAUAUUGAUUUUAUCUUUUUUAGAGUUUUUAUUUUUACUCCUAUUUUUCUAAUAUGGGCCAACGGAAUGCCCCUCGUUUGGAUUGAAGUUAGUAGACAGUCAACAGAGUGAAAUGAAAUGUGUAAAAAAAAUAAAGAAACUAAUUCCGAAAUUUUUAGAACACAUAUUUGCCCACGUUACAGCCAGAGAUAGGGGAACCAGGCAACUAGUGGAACUGGACACAUUCGCGCGGGAGGGAUGGGCUUGGCUGUCGGUGGCAGCGACGACGGCUAGGAGGGCUCGUGACCGCGGCUGCUGGGAGGGCUCGCGGUGGACGCUGGGUGGGGGAGGUGGCGGCUGGGAGGGCUCGCAGUGGCGACGCUGGGAGGGCCGGCGGCGGCGUCUGUGAGGGGAGGCCAGCGACGGCUGCUGGGAAGGGAGGCAGUGGGUGGGGUGGGUAGGAAACGACGGCUGACGGCAGGUAGCUGGGAGGGCUCGCGGUGGCGGUGGCUGAGGGCAGCCGCUGGGCGAUCACCGCUGGGAGGGGAAGCGACGGUUGUUUCUUGCGACGGCGGUGGCUAAUUCAGGCGGCGGCCAGGAGGCGAAUCGACGACUGGGAGAAGCACGUGCAAGCUAGAUGGAUCUGCAAAGUCUGCUGAAAUCAGACAAAUUGCUCAGCUCGUUUUGCUGGGGGUAGCUGAAGAACUACUGAUGCAAAAGAUUAGAAGGCGAACUGCUUGAUGGAUACGAAUAAUACCAUGGUGGCCACGACCGGCGAGGCAAGCAAAGCACGGAGCGGAGGCGGAGGAGCAAGCGCCCCAUCCUCGCAUCAGACUAGCAAAAUUGCUAAAGCAGCAUCAAGCUUCCAGAUUUCGAUGCACUCCCGCGCCGGCGACUCGAAGGCCGUCGCUAUCCCGCCGGUGCCACAAACUGGUCAUGACUACAACCGGGAUCGGAAAGCCGCUUCUGCAGCUGAGAGGGAGGAGGAGGAAGAAGUCCGCAAAGCUAACGAACAGAAGGCCAAGCUCCAGAAGGACAUCGAGUUCGGCGCGCUGGUUGCCAGCUUAUCCGUCUCUGUGGGGAUGACCGGCUUCUUCCUCAGCCCGCUUGUGAAGGGGCGGAAAGCCUUGUACCUCGACAUCGCGAUGUUUCUUGCCCUCUCGUCUUUCGUCUGUGGCUCUUCCUUUAUGCUCCUGAGCAUGCAGCUUCCGGGUGCCAUGGAGCGCCAAAUCUCCGGGCUCCACCGCACCCUGUCCAGAUGCCUCUUCUACACCUGCAGCGUCCUACCGGCUCUAACAAUACUCUAUCUGCUGGUAGUUAUGCCGUUCAUCAGGCCUUACAUCUACAUCGGCCUCGUCGUCAUCCUCGCAGCGCUACUGUUGCCGGUUGCUAUUAUGUACAUGUACUAUCGCCCGUGCCCGAGCAGCAAGACCGACAAAAACACGGAUAUGGAGAUGGCAGCACCGGCGCCUGAGAUCAACGAGAAGACGGAGAUGGCAGAACCGACGCCUGAGAUCAACGCGCAGAAGGAGAUGGAAACCGGCUAUAAGAUCACCUCGGCCAUCACCGCCAUGUCGUUCGCUGGCCUGGUCGGUGUUCUCUUCGGAGUGUACAAGGGAGGCAGCGGAAGCGGCGGCGCCAUCUCCGGCUCCGUGCACGUCGCCGUCAUGUCCAUGUUCAGCACAGCACUGCUAAGCAUGCUCCUGACGAUGCUGUUGAUGAAGGCAAUGGAGAGCGAGAAACCAAAGCUCAGGGAGUUCGUCGCCAGAAUGAUCCCGUAUGCCAAUGCCGUCCUCCUUUUGUUUCUUGCGGUCGCCGCUCUCGCCGCGUCUUUCGGAAUCCUCAAGUGGUACGUGCUAGCCACGUUGGUGCCCCUCGCCUUGGCUGCUACCGUUCAAUUCGUCAUCCAGUACUGCACAGACCAGAAAACCUUGCAAGUCGGCGACAUCGAGGCACAGCUCAAGUUGAUGGCAGACAUGGCGAGCAAGAUGACGGCGUGCUCUCUGGGGAUAGUCAUGGCUCUAUUCGGUGGCUUUCUUGGGGACGACCGUAAAACUGAUGAGAAAAAGGUGGCCCUUAAGAUCUGCAUGUUCUUACCUACCUCGGCGUUUGCUUCAGGCUUGGGGCUCAUAAACCACACUCUGCUUCAGGCUUUAGCUGCAAGAGGUAGCUCCAAAGCGGCCAGGACCGUACUGCCUUGGUCAGCCAUAGGGUUGCUUUCUGCAGCCGCGUUUGCUAUCUAUGUCGUGGAGGUUGUGAAAUCAUAGCAUGUAACCAUAUACUGAUAUUAGUUGAUUUUACUCCCGUAGUUUUCCCUUCUUUAUUUUGGAGAGGUUUUCCACGUUAAAAUUUGUGUCUUCUUUUGUCCAAUGUUUCUUAGAUGGUAUUAGAG